ACGUGCGGCCCCCCGUGGUCCCGCCCCCAGCCGUCCUACGUGAGCCUGGAAACAAGCACGAGCAUAGCCACAUCCUCCAACGGCCGGGAUGGAUUAACUUCGGUCGGGCAGCGUUGUGAGGGAGGGCAGCCCGUCGAGCCCAGGGAAAAGGCUGAGGCGAGACAGGGCUGCGGACGCUGUCCGCAUCUCAGGUGUGUUGAUUUGGAGAGUCCGCGGGCUAACGAGCUAGCUGGUCAACCCCAGUCCGGAUCCCUGCGGCUGGCAGCUCCGCGCUUUAGCCCUUGUCGGUGUUACCGUCCUUGGUGCUGUUAUCGGCUAAUUUAGCCGAGGUUAUCGUCAUUUGGCUUUUGAAAGUUACAAAGAGGACCGGGACCGAUUUCCACACCAUUAACUAACCUCAUUCAGGCAGCUGUGUGAUUUGCAGGUGCCCAGACGCUGGGAGCUGUCUCUCACCCGGGCCGAUUAUAUAGCGCUUGCAUAGCUCAGGGUGAGUGGUGCCCCAUCCCCCCAGGCAGGAUGAGGGAGUGGUGGGUCCAAGUCGGCCUGCUGUGCAUCCCCCUCAUCGCCGUCUACCUGCACAUCCCCCCACCGCAGCUCUCCCCCAACCUGCAGACCUGGCGUGCUGCUGGCUCUGUCUUCACCUUCAAGGGACACAGCAUCUUUUACCGAGAAUCGUUCGGUGCCGUGGGAAGCCCCGAUAUGGUUCUCCUUUUGCACGGCUUCCCCACCUCCAGCUACGACUGGUACAAGAUCUGGGAGCCCCUGAGCCAGCGAUUCAAUCGGAUCAUCACACUUGAUUUUUUGGGCUUUGGCUUCAGUGACAAGCCGCGGUCCCACCGGUACUCCAUCUUCGAGCAGGCCAGCAUCGUGGAAGCCUUGGUGUCUCACCUAGGGCUGGCCAAUCAGAGACUCAACCUCCUGUCACAUGACUAUGGUGACACCGUGGCUCUUGAGCUGCUCUAUAGGAGUGACCACAACAAAACCGGACAUCUGACGAUAAACAGCCUCUGCCUGUCCAAUGGAGGAAUUUUUCCAGAGACUCAUUAUCCAAGAUUGAUCCAGAAGGUGCUGAAGGAUUCGGGCUUCCUGUCCCCACUACUAACGAGACUCACCAACUUCCUGUUCUUCUCCCGAAGCAUCGGCGAGGUGUUUGGGCCCCACACUCAGCCCACAGAGGCCGAGGUCUGGGACAUGUGGACCGGGAUCCGCUUCAAUGAUGGGAACCUGGUCAUGGAUAGCAUCCUCCAGUACAUCAACCAGAGGCUGAAGCACCGGCAGCGCUGGGUCGGAGCUCUCACCUCCACCCUGAUUCCACUUCACAUGAUCUAUGGACCUCUAGACCCAGUGAACCCUCACCCUCAGUUCAUCAGCCUGUACCGGAGCCAGGUCCAAAGGUCUACAGUGUCCAUUCUGGACGAGCACAUCAGCCACUACCCCCAGCUGGAAGACCCCACCGGCUUCCUCAACGCCUAUCUCAGCUUCUUCAACUCCUUCUGAAGAUCUCCCAUCCAAUCCAGACAUGCAGCUUGUUUGCGUCCAUGCGCUAAGCCGGGUGACCCUAGACGGCUCAGACUGUGCCAUAACUGAACCAGCAAACUGCUCUAUGCAAACGAUUCAGCGCGGGGCUCUGUUCACAUGAACGUAGUGGUUUCAAUCACAUGUUCAGGGUGAACCUCUAGUCAUCAUGUUGACAGUUGUCAAAACAGUGUUUAUUUUUCUUCAGUCUUCCAUACGAGAUGCAAUAUGUGCGAGAGAACUCUGGCUAAUGUUUGAUUAGAUGACUACUGAUAUGAAUGUAUGACCCAGAGAGACUGCAGUUGUUCUAAAGCUCGGUGUUUUGUAACUGGGGCUUGAGUACCAUCUUGCUAUGAACUGGUAAGUUGCCCUGAGCAUCAAGAAAUUUUGGAAAUAUUUUAUGCCAAUUAAACUAGUUUUUCAAACGUG